AUGAAGGACAGAUCCAAACACCACAAUGGCUCGUCAGUCAGCUCUUUGAUGGACUCAGGCUGGGUCAGGUAUUGGUUCCAUGCAGAAGAGCCAGAACACACAAGUUUGGUCAAGUCUUUCAUCUCGUCCAGCGUGAAAGAAAGUGGCAUUCCAAUUGGCUUUAAUCUGUCAGGCAGUCUUGGCCAUAUCGUCAUUCUCGUUCUUGGCCAUGGAAACGAAGUUCACCACGUAGGUGGUCUUGUCGGCAAGCUCGACCUUGACGUCCUCAGCAGUAGUUCCUGGUGGCAGACAUGGAUGUGGGAUAGAAACGUCGGCAGUGGCAUCCGAACCCGAAGCAGGAGUCAGGGUGAAGUCGGAACCGCCAAAGCUGACUUCGUACUUGUGCUCACCUUCGAUCAUGCUCUGGCCGUCCAAAGGCUCAAACACGAUCUGAGUAGAUCCUCCACCCAAGUCGAACACGGCAGCAGUAGGUCUCUUUUCCUUGGCUCCAAUGUUACCCAAAAGGUAGUUGGUAGUGAUCCACGCGUAAACACCUUCGUCACUUCCGUCCAUGAUGGAGAUACCGUCUCCUUCCACGACUGGGAAUGGGUAGUCGUUUUCAAGAUGGCUUCUAACCUCCGCAAGGAUAGCCCGGGAUUUCUCUUCUCCGAGCAGUCUCAGACCGGCAGUGGCCUUCAAUGCAACAGGCGUGCAGCCCUGUUUAGCCUUUGGCACGUACACGAGGACGACUUGGAGCUGCCCUUGGCAGCCUUGGCCUCUUCUUUGGAGUCGUGCAAUGGAGCAGCAGCCUUGCUUGGAGCAGCUUUUGGUUUGGCAACAGCAGAAGCAGCCCCAGUGUCUGGCUUACUAGCCUUUUCAGGCUUGUCCUCUGCAAAGGAACUAUCAGCAGUCUGUUCCAGAGGUUUAGCAGGGGCGACGACCGGCUUCGAUUCCGGGUACAGAGGUUCUGUGGUGUCGUCUGAGUCCAGGACGGCACCCGCAGUGUUGACCUGA